AUGGCGGCGGUGCUCUGCCCGCCCCAGCAAGGAGGCCGAAUUCCCCUUUCCGCAGCCAAAGCGGCCGCCCCGCAGGCUGUGAGCCAGGAGUCCGUCAGCAUGGCGGGGAAGUGUGACACCAUCUACCAGGGCUUCGCUGGCUGCCUCAUCAGCCUGGGGGACAGCAUGGCCCAGAGUGUCCGGCGGCAGCAGGAGGAGGGCGGCGAGGAGGCACAGGAGCUGGACACCAUCUGCAAGUCCUGGGACGACUUCCACACCUGCGCCAGCAAGGUGCUGUCUAGCUGCCCCGAGGAAGCGGCCGCCAUCUGGGAAUCACUGCGCCAGGAGUCCCGCAAGAUCCAGUUCCAGGGGAACCUGCAGGAGCUGUGCAGCGCCCGGGGACGCCUGGCCAGCACUGUUCGUGACAAUCCAGUGUUUAAGGGUGAAUUAGUGCUGGAUCCUCGCAGGGUGGCUAAGAGGAUAAACACCAGACAGGCACCAGCCACGCACCACGCAGCGCCUGUCGCCUUGCCGGCACCUCUGCGGGGCCAGGAGCGGUGGGCUCGCCACCACGGGCUGCUCCCCAUCGUCCUCCACUGGGGUGGCAGGAGGUGGCCGGGGAGCUGGAGGGCCACCGAAGCCAUGCUCUGCCAGGCCAUCACUGCAAUGGUGAGACCGGCGUGCAACAAACCGCGCCGCUUCAAUCCAGCUGGGAGCUUGUGGGUGUUUGGGAAGAUCUGCAAACACCCACCAAACACUCUGGGCGUUUGA